UAUUUUUCUGCAGGUGCAAAUACUUUGCUAGCCUACCAUGGAACACAGAAGGAAGUUUUUUUCAGAUUGGAAAGUUGAAAACUUCCAAAAUUUGACUCAUCCAGAGCUCUCAGUUUUAGAAGUUCUCGGUGUUGUACUAAAAGGAGGAAAAACAUCAUUCUUUAGCACUUUAAAAAAUUAAUACUUAGCAUUGGCCCACAGCGUAGUUGUCUUUCAUCUAUAGAUUGGCUGUUUCUGAAAACCAGUAAACAAAUGUUUGUAAUGUCUAUGUGCAAUCGUGCUGUUGCAGAAUGCAGGAGUCGUGAGGGAGGUGUCUCCAUCAAGGGGCGUUCUGACAGCACUCAGCCUGUGUGUCCUAGGGCCCCGGCUCACAGCGUUUGUUCCUGGGGCAGCAGCACCUGGGAACUUGUUAGACAUGCAAAUUCUUGGGCUCCACCCCAAACCUGCUGGAUCAGAAACUCAGCCUUCUGGGUGCUCUAGGGCCUUUGUCAGGGUGGUGGAGAGCCUGGGCACAGGAACCUCAGAGGGCCCAGCGGUCACAGGCUGCUGGAAAUUUCAGUGAGUCACUCACCUCUGUGUGCCUCAGUUUCUCCCUCAUGGGGACAAUAAAGUUUCUUGCCUCUCAGGGCUGGUAUGAGGGUUAAGUUCACACAUAGAAAGCACACGGCACUGCAGUAUUAUCUAUGAUGAUGAUUAUUGUUACUAUUCACCUGAAGCCUCAUUAUUAUUACUUAUCUGAGUAUUGUAUUAUUGCCGUCGUUAUUAUUUAUCUGCAUCGUUCCUAUCUUGGACCACUUCUGGCUCUAUUCUGCUUGCUUAUUAUUUGUGUAAAUAUUCCUUCUAGUGGGUCCGUGGCUUUCUGGCUGUUUAUGGAACUGAUUUCUGUGUGACCGGACAGUGUGUUCCAGUCACUGUGGUUGAGUUCUUUGAUCACCCAUUCUUUGGAGAGCCCUGUGCUUUGAAAGAACUUUUUCCUCCCUGAGGAUGGUGAUGGGAAUGUCCUUUCUAUUUUUUUCCCCAUUCUUCAUUGUUUUGUCCCCAAGUCUGGAUAUAUAGGUUUUCAUGUAGUUAAAUACCUUUUUCAAUGUGCUACUGUUUAGUUCUGUUUCAGAACGUGUUUUUCUUUCCUUUAUCUCCAGAAAACAAAGGCUUGAAGUAGAAGUUUUUGGCUUGAAGUAGCCCGAGUAACAUUAACCUCUCCAUCCGAUAGUUUCAAGGACCUCACUUCAAAAAGACAUCACGCUUCUGAGAAUCACAAAGCCAACUCGCAAGUUGGAACAGUGUAAUGACAACUGGCGAAAUAAAUGCAAUUUCUAGAGACUUCAGAAAAAGUAGUCGCAGAAUCCCGUGGUAGCCAGGUGGGUGAGGGGAGCAAGAACAUUCCACCUGCCUUGAAGAGACGCCUUCCCAGCUGCUGAGUGAGUGCCCAGGUGGUCCCCGGAGCUUGACCAUGGACGCCGCUCACACGGGCAUGUCCAGUGCACCCCUGGUCAGGCAUACUGCUGCAGCUGGGCUCAAGGCCAGCAGACCCCGAGUCAUGUCCAAGAGUGGGCACAGCAAUGUGAGAAUUGACAAAGUAGAUGGUAUAUACUUACUCUACCUGCAAGACUUGUGGACGACCGUCAUCGACAUGAAGUGGAGAUACAAGCUCACCCUAUUUGCCGCCACAUUUGUGAUGACCUGGUUCCUUUUUGGAGUGGUCUACUAUGCCAUUGCAUUUAUCCAUGGGGACUUAGAACUGAGUGAACGCAUUUCAAAUCACACCCCCUGCAUCAUGAAAGUGGACUCUCUCACGGGGGCCUUUCUCUUUUCCCUGGAAUCCCAGACAACCAUUGGCUACGGAGUCCGUUCCAUCACGGAGGAAUGCCCUCAUGCCAUUUUCCUGUUGGUUGCUCAGCUGGUCAUCACAACCUUGAUUGAGAUCUUCAUCACAGGCACCUUCCUGGCCAAAAUCGCAAGACCUAAAAAGCGGGCAGAGACCAUCAAGUUCAGCCACUGUGCUGUCAUCACCAAGCAGAAUGGGAAGCUGUGCUUGGUGAUCCAGGUGGCCAACAUGAGGAAGAGCCUCCUGAUUCAGUGCCAGCUCUCCGGCAAGCUCCUCCAGACCCACAUCACCAAGGAGGGGGAGCGCAUCCUCCUCAACCAAGCCACCGUCAAAUUCCACGUGGACUCCUCUUCAGAGAGCCCCUUCCUCAUUUUGCCUAUGACCUUCUACCACGUGCUGGAUGAGACAAGCCCCCUGAGAGAUCUCACACCCCAAACCCUGAAGGAGAAGGAGUUUGAACUCGUGGUCCUCCUCAAUGCCACCGUGGAAUCGACCAGCGCCGUCUGCCAGAGCCGCACAUCUUAUAUUCCAGAGGAGAUCUACUGGGGCUUUGAGUUUGUGCCUGUGGUUUCACUCUCAAAACACGGAAAGUAUGUGGCUGAUUUCAGUCAGUUUGAACAGAUCCGGAAGAGCCCAGAUUGCACCUUUUACUGUGCAGAUUCUGAGAAACAGAAACUUGAGGAGAAGUACAGGCAGGAGGAUCAGAGGGAAAGAGAACUGAGAAGUCUUUUGUUACAACAGAGCAACGUCUGAUGGCAGACGUGUCGCCCAGGUUAACCCUUACAUCAUUACUUUAAAACACACCCACUUCUUUCAAGCAGAGAAAAUGUUAUAUAUAAUGGAGGCUAUCUCAUAAUACCUAAAAGGGGGGAGGGGGGUCUCUGUAUUCACAAAAUACAAUCAUUCUGUUUUUACCUUUUUUCGGGGGAUUUAGUUGUACAGAGUGAAACUGAUCAAAUCAGGAAUGAACAGUUAUAAGAACAUAUGCAAAUGGAGCUGAUGCUAUUGUUCACACUAAUUUUUUUAUGCUAGAAUGUACUAGAAUAGAGUGUCCUUUCUAUUCAAAGUGUGGCUUCCAGACCAGCAGUAUCAGCACCAUCGAGUUGAUUCAUAGCGAUGCAGACCCUCAGGCACCACCUGGGCUUCCAAAAUCAGAGUCUGUGUCUUAACAAGACCCCCAAGCGAUUCAUGUACAAAUCAAAGUUUGAAAACUCCACUCCACACAAUGUUUUCAAAAUAACUUUCUGAAGCCCCAGGACCCUGUGGGUCCCACAUCCACAUGGCCUCCAGUCCUGAACUUCUUUCUUCCAUUUGCUAUAUCGGGCCAAUAUUCCUUUUAGCUAUUUCAUUCCUUAUCUAUUAAAAUACCUUGUCCACAAGGAACUGCUCACUAACAGCCCAAGAGCAAAAUAAAACUAUUGAGAAUGAUGGCUGUCACACGCAUACUGAGUAUAUGCUCACUGAUUACAGUCAGCACAGAAGAAAAAUUAAGCUGCGUUACAGAAAUGUGCUCGGAUGUUGACAUCUACGAGGUUGAAUGGGGCCAUGAGGAACAAGAGGAGCUUGGGAUAAGGAAUUCAUACACACAUGACUCCCUGAAACACAAACAACACUCGGUGAUCUGAUAACAGGCAUAGGACGACCUCACUAUUUAAAUAAAUCUUAUACAACUGAGUGUUACAGGGGUAACAUUUUGCCUUUGGCAGAAUUUAGAGGCCAAGGGCCCUGCAUUUCUUUGGGGUGGGGAAUAAAUGGGCUAGGGUUGCCUCAGGUGCAACAGGUAAAUUCUCAUUUCAUUCCAACCAGGAUAGAUUUGCAUAUUCACACAAGAAGAAUGACUGUAAGUGUGGAGGUGCUGCAUGGACAUACACGUGAGCACACGACGUAUGUGCACACAGGCACAUACACACAUAUACAUGUGCACAGACAUGCACAUGCUGGUUCUUCAAGCGUAAUUGCAGAAAUUAUCGAUGAAAGACAUUUGUAAGUAAGAGAGCCAAUCCUCAACCAAUAUGUUCCCCUGUAUUUUGUUCUACAAGAAUGGGAAAACUGGGACUCAGAGAAAAUGGGGAAAGUAAUCUGGAUUCAGAUUAUCAGGGAAAUGAUAAUACAGAUUACAUUAAAUCUGGUCAUCUCUUGAUGUUACCACACUUUUGAGUGUCCUUUCAUGAAAGAGAAAAUGCAGCUAAAAUGACCUGGAAUUGUCAUCUAAUUGACAUCUAAUACAGGUGUUAAGAAUAACACAGGCCAAGUUGUAAAGAUUUAAAGAACAAUCUCAAAACACAAAAGGGUUUUGUCGUUAAUUAUUCAGGAAUUUUUUCUUAUUCUGAUGCUAAUUUCAUGGCAGAUUGUUUUAGAUCUUCAUUCUCUUAAAAAAUUGUGUGAGCUUAGUUAUUAGCUCUUAGUUUUGCAAUAUUUAUUGUAUAUUGUGGUAUGAUCGACAGGAUAAUAAUGCCACAGAUAUGUUUACAGCUUUUCUGUUGCACUAUUAAAUUCUUUUCACAGUAUUUACACCAGUGCUAAUUUGAAUGUGAUCAAGAUUAGGAAUUGUUCAUAGGUACACAGUGUGUGGUACAAUGAUAUAGCAUAAAACUGAGAAAUCUUCUUGUAUGUUCACUUAGCAUAUGUAUUUCGGUCAUACUUGGAAGACUUAAUCAUCUGAUCUUUACCACUACACACAAAAUAAACAUAUAGUGUCUUAAGAACCAAUAUUUGUACAAGUUGAUAAGUCACAUUAUAACAUAAUAUUCAAUAAAUAGCUCUGAAGUUGCAUCUGGUUUGAAACCUAGCAUUUUCCAGGCAUGCUAAUUUAUUAAAACUGUAUACAAAAUGCCCUCAUGUUAACAUGCUAACAAAGGAUUCAUGGGAUAAACUUACUUGAUUAUAUCUGGACAGCCUUCUGUUUGAAACAGAUCCAUGCCCAGCUCCCACUGAGAAGUAGUCAAACUAAUGGAGUGUUUCUGACCCAAAACGCCUUUUGCAUUUUGAAACAUUUCCAAUGCAUCAGACUUUCUCAGUAAGACCAUUCGAAAAUGUCUUGUUCCAUUUGAGAAACCACAAAGUAAACAGCAGAAAAUCAGUGUAACCUGCAAACCGGGUCCUAUUUCAGUAACAAAAUAUAUUGCACUUACAUGGUACCUAGUAGCCAGUGACCUCAGGCAGCAUAGCAAAGAUUUACCCAUGGAUCCUCACAAAAAGCCACUUUGGGUGGAGGCACAUAUUGAUUCCCUUUCCCACUCGUGGGGAAAUGACUGUGCAGAGAUGAGACUCCAGAAAUCUAAAACAGAAACAAAAACUGGUUAAAAAUAAAAAGUGUCAUGAAUGAGUGGACCAGAUAUUUAGACUAAUUUAAAUAAUGCUUUUUUUUCCCUUUGGAUUCAAUUUUCAGGUUUAAUUGACUGUGAUCUCAAUACCGUUGGAACAUAAAUUAAAAUUUUUAAAAAGGUGACCUUUCUCCUCCAGUGUGAGUCUUUCUUCCUCACUUGGAUCCUCAGUAUUCAUUUGUCAUCUGGUGAAAAAGAAAAAGAGAACAGCCAAGCCAAGCCGGCCCCAUCCCUUUGCACUGGUGGCUCGGUAAAGGGUCAUCCCAUCCUUGGGCUCUGGGCUAUAUCUUGUCACUGUGGUCAAAUGGUCAGACACUUGACCAUGUGGAAUAAUGAGACCUCCAGUCUUCUCAGUCUUGGCUCUCAGCCUUGCUAGAUUUUUCUUUGCCUGCUAAACAUUUGAAACAUCUAGUUUUGAAGAGAGGUUAUUUUAUCAUAGCUUUCUGGGAUUGAAUUUUUUUUAAUGCAAAUUUUAAAAUUGGUAUUUCAAGACUUCAUUUCCAAAUUCUACAGUGUGCACUCAAAUUCCAGCAUUGGACUCUGGAUGGGUCCAAGAUGCACUUAAUUUUCUUCCCUUGGGAAGACUUACACUCGAAGGCUUAAAGCUUAAUAUUUCACUUCUCAUUAACCACGUACAAGCUUAAUAUUUCACUUCUCAUUAACCACGUACAUAUGGCCCUGUGAGUUUCCAUUCAUCUUUAAUUAGCAUGAUGUGCCAACCAAUUCUUGGGCUUGUGGACAGCCUUGAGUGGUUUCUGCUCUGAGUGGAGGGCCUUCAGAGCAGAGUUCAUCUCCAGAGUUAGAGCCUGCAGUAAAAAGGCAUGCUUAGAACUUAAUUGGGGUUUUAAAAAAUAAAGAAGUUACUUAACUUCCAGAGGCAUUAGUAUUCGUCAGUAAACUCAUUUUUUAAUAUUGUAUUGUUUUGAUUUUUUUUGAAAGGAAUCUGAAACAAAAUCUUUGUCUUCAGAGUAAGGAAGGCAGUGAGAAGAGUGUAAAAAAUAAGUUAAAAGUUGAUCAAUUAGACUGUCACAUAAAGAGACCGCUACCAGUGGAAAAGAACUUCAUGAGAGAAAAACUGGUCAUUCAGUCUUACAUUACAACAGACAGUGUCAUUAUAUUCUCCGGGCUUCCCAGAAAAAGCAGUUUUCCUAGGCUUUAAGAAACACUUAAAUGGAUUAAGUCCAGCAUUUUUCCAAAGUUUUUCCACUAAAUUCUUAAUGAAAAAGAAACACAAGGCAGAAAUAAAGCUGCAGCCAUUUUACUUUGUUUUCUGCUGCACUCAACUGCCUCUCAACUUGACAUGUGCUGGGAUGAAAGUCCUUCAUUUUUGCUAUUUAUUCCAUCAGAUCAAAUAAUCCUAUGGUUAAAAAUUACCCAUCCAAAUGAGUAAUGUGUGGACAUUGAGAUGCCCAAAACAUGGGGACAAGAAUUUUUAUUUUUCAAUCAAUAUGUUGCUGGUGUGUCAAAACAGAAGACCAUGAAAUAAUUGUUGAUUGGAGCUGAUAGUUAAUUCCUAAUGAAAUUACAAGAAUUGAUUGUAGGAAUCAAAGGACAUAACUGAUAGAUGAGCAUAAAAGCCAAAGAAAGAUGUCACAUAUGAAGGUAAAGGCCAUGUAACUCUGCAUAUGAUACCAGAGUGAGGGAUGGCAGACAUGCUGUGUCCGGAGUACAUGUAUUUAGCGAUUUGUGUCCUGCAUUCCUGUAUGGACUUUAUUAACAUGCUGUAAUGUCCUGUAAUCAUUUUUUUCAAUAAAUUACAAAAUUGCAUAGGCAAUUAGAAAACAAUUUCAAAUUUAACAGGAUGUCCUUUAUAUCUAUUUGCUAAACCUGACAACCCUGCAGAAAAGUAUUCAUGUAAUCCCAAACUAUACCUAUCUCUAGAAAAGCACGUAAGUGUCCCUUCAUUUGGAAGCUAUGGGUUUUCAUUCAACUAGUAGAGGGGAAAGGGGGUAUUCCAAAAAGAUACUUUCCUGGCUUGCUCAAUUAGUAAAUUUCACCCAAACACCUUUGAUGCAUUCUGUAUGGUGUGGACCACUGAUCUUUGAGACUGUCUAUCAAGGAAAGGUCUGGAAUGAGGGGCUUACAUAUGUGUACAGCAGCCCCGAUUCCCGCUCUCCUCUUUGAAAGUCAGGCUGAUGGUUUUGUAUUCCCAACCAGCCAAAGAUGGAGUCAACCUAAGAGUCCAACACCAAGGUGUUUAGCAGCUGCCGCCUCAUGAUUCAGUAUUUAACUACGAUCUUAUCUUGAUUCAAGGCCAGUCCUAUCCAGCAACCAAGCCUUCCCACCUCCUUAUGAUAUCCAAUUUCACCUCUCAAAAAUACUCAAGCCAAAGGUCGAACUCACUUGAAAUUAGACUCCAAAGAAGCUCCCACAAUUGAUUAAGAGUACCUAUUUUAUAAAAAAAACUCUGAGAAGUUAACUGUGAGCUAAGAAAUGUAACCCCUUAGCUUAGUAUUACUAUUAUUACUAUCGUAAGUGUCCUUAAUACUAAGGAAAAAUUAAACCUCUUCCAAAGAAGGCAACUGAUCAGAGGGGAGUUCAAGGGAAUGGUUUGUCUCGUUCUCUGUAAAUUAACUAUAUUCCUUCAUCUGUUAUCAAAUCUUAAGGUGAAGGAUGUUGCAUGAAAUCAAAUCAUGACAGGAAACAUGACUAUAUUGGGGACUUUUUACAAAAACAAACUUCCAGAUCACAAGAGGAAGCUGUGUUUGUGUGCUGACACAGAGUAUGAGACAGCAGUCAGGAGAGGAAGGCAGGCUAACAGCCAACUUGGAUCUAUUUUUGAAGAAUUAUGUCUGUAGGGUGUCAUGGAAUUGCAAGUCACAAAAAAGAAUGCUUUGGUAAACAGAACUCUGCAUCCCAAAGGGACCCAGUCCAAAAUACCACUUGGUGAGAUUCACGGGAAUGUUAUGGCAAUCAAGAUCCCAAAUGACAUGCAUGCUUUACAAGUGAACAACCCCACUUCUUGUAAAUCCUGGCAAUGUGCACUCACCUAAAUCUUGAUCACACCUCGGUCUCUUGCUAUAUAUAGCACUACAUCCGACCAUCUCCCAGGACACAAGAUGAAUUUCCCUGCUUCCUUCAGAUUUUUAAGCUAGUCUUAUGCUUGGACUUGCUUUAGCAGAAUAGUGACUCGAGUUUCUCAAGGUUGAACUACUGUUUGAUGCAUGCUGGAAAUCUCACACUAAUGUGUAUAUCAGUUACAUCAGGUUCUCAGUGAUGUCCCCGCUGAGCCCAGUCACAGCCUGACCAUUCAGGUGGAAAUGUGGACUUGUAAGUUCUACAGAUCCAUACCUCGCUCUGCCAAGCCACUUGUUCUCAUAUGCACCUCUAUCACCUUUUCCUUUUUAUACAUGGAAUCACUCUGAUCUGUGAAACAGUAGUUAAUACAAUAAAGCUAAUUUUAUUCCUGA